UUCACUUCGUCUAGGACUCCAUCCUAUGACGUCAUGCUGCCCACUUACAGUGGUACAGGCAUGGAUGGGAAGAAAUGCAGCGUAUGGAUGUUUCUACCUCUUGUAUUCACUUUGUUUACCUCAGCUGGCUUGUGGAUAGUGUACUUUAUAGCUGUGGAAGAUGACAAAAUCUUGCCAUUAAAUUCAGCUGCAAGGAAAUCUGGUGUGAAGCAUGCUCCGUACAUCAGUUUUGCAGGCGACAAUCCUCCUGCGAGCUGUGUGUUCAGCCAAGUGAUGAACAUGGCUGCCUUCCUGGCCCUCGUGGUAGCUGUUCUGCGCUUCAUCCAGCUGAAACCGAAGGUUUUAAACCCAUGGCUGAAUAUCAGCGGACUGGUGGCGCUGUGUCUGGCUUCCUUCGGAAUGACCUUACUUGGUAAUUUUCAGCUCACAAACGAUGAAGAAAUCCAUAAUGUGGGGACAUCCUUGACCUUUGGGUUUGGCACAUUGACCUGCUGGAUACAGGCUGCAUUGACACUCAAAGUCAACAUCAAGAAUGAAGGACGGAGAGUUGGAAUUCCACGAGUUAUCCUGUCUGCCGUCAUCACUCUCUGUGUGGUCCUGUACUUCAUCCUCAUGGCCCAAGAUAUCCACAUGUACGCAGCCAGGGUCCAGUGGGGCCUGGUCAUGUGCUUCCUGUCAUACUUUGGCACCCUGGCUGUGGAGUUCCGGCACUACCGCUAUGAGAUUGUGUGCUCUGAGUACCAAGAGAACUUCCUGAGCUUCUCAGAGAGCCUGUCAGAAGCGUCUGAAUAUCAAACCGACCAGGUGUAACCCGUCAGUUUGUCCUUGGGGGUGCGGUGGGUGUGACGACAGGAGAGGGAUCGGGAUGAUACACUCACAGGACUCGACACAUCACCUCAUGACGCGCUUCACACACACGGACACAUAUUCAUCGUGGCCAUAUUUGCCAAAAGAGCUUUUCAGGGCAGGUUAUUUCUUUCAUGAACAAGCACAAGCUCUCAUGUGUGGAAAUACACGCUGUCACACUGAAAACAUAUGCACGACAGAGCCAGAAGCUUGUGCAUGAUCACCUCCCCGUCCCACCCUCCCAGUAUGCUCUUCACAUCUUCUCCACGUUUGAACCUGUCAUCUUCCUCCGGCAGAGUAAGGCAGGCUGAAAGGAACAUAAGAAUGAAGCCAGCUCCCUCAGCCGCCUUCAGGUCCGAAGGACUGGGAGUGAGCUUGUGGGGACUUGUGGCUCUGGGACCGAUAUUCUCCAGUGGACCCCCGAGGAGCAUCUGUCUGGAUGCACACUGUACUGAAGCUGUGAGUGUGGCCUGUGAGAGGCACGGGCAGAGCUUUCCCGCCAGGCUGCCUUCACCACUGUUCAGCCGUCGGCUUUGUGGGUCCGGGGAAAGGAACAUGGGAAAGAGGCCCGCCACCGGCAUCUGGACUUGACUCACUCUGCCUGAGAAAGAUCUCCAAGUGUGAAUGUUCACGGGAACGGGAUGCCAGGUGUGGCACGAAGCACAGCGGAGAGGGCAUGGUUUCAUUUCUGCUUCCACACUGUGUCAUGCACAGUUCUGGUUUUAUAGCUCAUGGCUUGCCUUUUUCUUUUCUUUUUUAAUGCAACUCCUGUGGGUUUCUGUAGGCCGCAUGGACAAAGAUGUGGACCAAAGGCAAGAACCUUGUUUUGGUUUCAGAUAUGACAGGGGAUGAUACCUAUGGGCUUAUUUUAAAUUUGAAGCAAAAAGAAGAAGAAAAAAAAGGAUUCUCAAAGAAGCACAAGGAAAUCUGCAUGGGGGUGGGGGUGGUGAGGUAUGGGGGCGCCUG